AUGGCAGGGGAAAAAGCCUUUGAACUUCGCUUGCAAGAACUCAUCCACAGCAACAGUGAUUUCAGCAAUUCUGGCAUAAAAUCUCCUGGGAACUUCAAGCAAACUGGCUUUUCUUCCAUGGCAGUGAAUUCAAAUGUGUUUCCGGGUUUGAACACUCUUGGGGUGUCAUUUGUUAGAGCAGAUUUUGGUGUUGGUGGUAUAAAUGUUCCACACUUCCAUCCAAGAGCAACAGAGGUUGCUUAUGUGCUAGAGGGAAAGAUUUAUUCAGGAUUUGCUGACACCAAGAAUAAGGUCUUUGCCAAAGUGUUGGAGAAAGGAGAGGUCAUGGUGUUCCCAAGAGGCCUAGUGCACUUUCAGAUGAAUGUUGGAGAUGGCCCUGCUACCAUUUUAGGAAGUUUUGACAGCCAAAAUCCUGGCCUGAUGAGAAUUCCUAAUGCAGUUUUCGGUUCUGACAUAAAGGAGGAGCUUUUGGACUGA